AUGGCGGCCCCCGCUUUGUCUACCGGCGGGUUGAUCGACCCGACCAAACAGGCUGAGUAUCCCAUCGUGCUGGGUGAUCGACUCAAUGGUAAAUCCAGCUCGCCACAGUCGCAGCUGGUCAAUAUCCAAUAUAACUAUAAGACCAAGUCAGCGACCGCACGGCAACGCAUCACCCGAGCCCGACAGUCCCGCGAUCGCUACAACCUCACAAUCACCGAUAAAGCGCCCAACGCUGAUAAUGUCCUGACCUAUUCAUACCAAGGCAGUGUCGACCCAACACAAGCUGUCUCGGAUGCUGGGGAACAUAAUUUGGUGCUAGUCUUUGACGCAGCGCGGAAAGUGUUUGUCUUGGAGCCGGUUUCAACGCAGCUGAACUUCAACCUCCGGUCUGCUCCGGCCAAAUCCCAGAAGCAGGUGCUCGAGCAAUAUGAGCAGCUACGCACUUUGCAGGAAGAGGACCAUGGGUCGGGUGAUGAUCGGGGCAUGGACAAUGCCAGCGGUAAUGAUGAUGGCCCUGCUGACGACAGCAAUCCUUAUGAUUACCGACACUUCCUCCCCAAGGAGAAUGCGGACGAUGACAAGUCGGGCUCGGACAAGACACCAGAACCUCCCUCCUACACCAGCAAGCUCGAUACUCCGUUGAUGUCCGCUACCAGAUCCAUUCCUAGCCCUCAACCACCCCCGGAGAGCCGGACGAAGCCCGUAAAUGCAAAGAAGAAGAAGCCAGACGGGGUCAAGCCUCCUAAACCGGCGGCUGCUCGGCCACGGCCCAGGUCUCCGCCCCGUCCUGUGCAGCCAAGGGAGGAGCGGAAGGCAGAGGUCGAGGAGGAGCCUUUGGUGGAGACAUUUAAUUCCUCGCCGUCCGACACGGGCCUGGGUGCUGUCUCUUCUCAAAAGGCAGUUCCAUCACCGGGCUCGAAUAUCAUCAUCGACGGCGAUCUCAUCAUUGAUAUGGGCUCUCCGCCGCCUGCUCGUCCCUUCCGGGUCAAUCCCGCAUACUUCUCUUCGAACAACACCCCGGCGGAUGAAGAAGGGCAUCGGGAUGAGGACGAGGAGCAGGAGGAGGAUGAGGACAUUGAGGACCUACGGCUUCCCUCUCCGGCUGGCCACGGAGGAGCGCCUGUGGCCUCGAGCGGCCUAAAUCUGGAGCCCGGGUUGGAUGAGGAGGAGUUGGAGGUUGAUGAUGAUCCCCUCGCGGCGGAGAUGGAGGCGGCGUUUGAGGAGGAUGUACAGGAAGACGACCGGAGCCAGCCUGUAUCAACGCAGGCGGUGUCGCAGCAGUAUCAUAUGGCCAGUGAGGAUGAGAGCGAAGUCAGUGAGGAGGAAUAA